CGCUACCGGCUAUUCCGGUCAUCUCCCCUUCCCUCCCAUCUUUGCUUCCAGAUUCAUCGCCUCCUUAACUGCUGUUCUACACUCUCCGAUUAAACUGCAUUUCCUUAUUUUUCUAUAAAAUAAAUAUAAUUCCUUCUCCUUUUCUUCCACACCCUUCUUUCCGUACCUUCCAUGGAAGUUUCUUCUUCUUCUACAACCCCUCGCCGCUCCUCCCUGCGAUACUGCCACUGUAAUUUCUUCAGGCGUUGUUGUCGCUGUUUCUGCUGCUUCUACUCCUAUCCCUAGGCGCCCCCUCAAUUCCUCUUCUGCUAAUUUUGGGAAUAUGGAUCUUUCUUUACGGUUUAGUUCUCACGCCACGUCUUCGGUAUCUAGAAGUUCGAUUGGCGACAAUUCCAGCUAUUUGUGUUCGACGGCUUCGAACUCCUCGUAUCCGCUGCAAUUCCAUGAGCAAAAGGAUGAGAAAUUCUGUUUUGUAAACGGGGAUGCUGAUGGUCAUAGCGAGGAUGAGAAGUUCAGUCUUCUGGGGCAGCCCUUGCGUGUGAAGAGGCAGAGAGACGGUAAAUCAUUUCUCAACCAGGCAUCUGCGAAACGGGUUGCGGUUUCGGAUGAAUCGAGCCUUGAGGCGAGGCGAGCGUCUGUUAGGGCAUGGGGGAAUCAGUCGCUUCGGGUCGCUGACCCGGAAAUUCAUGAAAUCAUGGCCAAGGAGAGGCAGAGACAAUACAAGGGGAUUGAAUUAAUUGCUUCGGAAAAUUUUGUGUGCAGGGCAGUGAUGGAAGCCCUAGGUAGCCAUUUGACGAAUAAGUACUCCGAGGGAAUGCCUGGCGCUAGAUACUAUACGGGUAAUCAGAACAUAGAUGAGAUUGAAUUACUUUGUUGUGAGAGAGCGCUGGCCGCUUUUGAUCUUGAUUCUGAAAAGUGGGGAGUGAAUGUGCAACCCUACUCUUGUACAUCUGCAAACUUUGCCGUGUACACAGGGCUUUUGCUACCAAAGGAUCGGGUUAUGGGUUUGGAUUCAGCGUCUGGAGGACAUCUGAGUCAUGGGUAUUAUACUCCGGGUGGGAAGAAGAUUUCAGCUUCUUCUAUAUUCUUUGAGAGUCUACCUUAUAAAGUGAACCCCCAAACUGGGUAUGUCGACUAUGAUAAGCUUGAGGAGAAGGCACUCGAUUAUCGUCCGAAAAUACUCAUAUGUGGAGGAAGCUCAUAUCCGCGCGAGUGGGACUAUGCUAGGCUUAGGCAGAUCGCAGACAAAUGUGGAGCAGUUUUGAUGUGUGAUAUGGCCCAUAUAAGUGGUCUUGUGGCGGCCAAGGAAUGCGCUAGUCCGUUUGAAUAUUGUGAUAUAGUUACUUCAACUACACACAAAAGUCUCCGAGGGCCCAGAGGAGGUAUUAUAUUUUUCAGGAGGGGUUUAAAAUCGAGGAAGCAAGGCGUGCUUCUAACUCAUGGAGAUGACACUGAUACUUAUGACUUUGAGGAGAGGAUAAACUUUUCCGUUUUCCCGUCGUUACAAGGGGGUCCCCAUAAUAAUCAUAUUGCCGCACUGGCCAUAGCGUUAAAGCAAGUGGCUUCUUCCGAGUACGGAGUAUAUAUUCGACAGGUGAAGAAAAAUGCACAGGCUUUAGCAUCAGCUUUAUUGAGAAGAAAAUGCAGAUUGGUAACUGAUGGUACCGACAAUCAUUUGGUUCUGUGGGAUCUUACUCCUUUGGGACUAACAGCCAAGAAUUAUGAGAAGAUCUGUGAGCUCUGUCAUAUUACAGUCAACAAGUGUGCCAUCUAUGGCGACAAUGGAGCCAUUUCUCCUGGAGGAGUGAGAAUAGGCACUCCUGCAAUGACAACCAGAGGUUGUUUAGAGGCUGAUUUUGAGACGAUGGCUGAGAUUCUUCUUAAAGCAGCUCAGAUCACAAAAAUAGUAAUUCAUAGAGAACAUGGAAGACUGCAUAAAGAUAUUAUGAACAAUCUACAAAACAACAAAGAUAUUGUGGAGCUCCGCAACCGGGUCGAGGCCUUUGCUUCUUCGUUUGCAAUGCCAGGAUUUGAUAUAUGAGUGUUUGAGCCUGCUUGCACAACCGCUUCACUUGGUAACGCCAAACCCGAAUUCAUGCCCCCUGUUUCUACUUUAGUUUCAUUGUCCAUCCCCUGUAAAUUAUAGGAAACUACUUAUACUGCACAAAAGUUGAGCUUUGACACGUAUCAUUCAUAUACUUAUAACAGUUGAUCUCAGGUUACAAUAGGGAUUUUUUACGUCACAUAUCUCCUCCUUUUACAUUGUGGCUGUGUCAUGGUUGAUUACUCUUCUUUAUUCUCAAAAAGAAAAAAGAAUGGAGAAUAUUUCAACCUGACAUGAGAUGAUAAUACACUUACAUUGGUUCGUUUCUUGCUUGUA